AUGUCGUCCUAUUUGGAAAGGCAGACAAAUGCCUUCAAGGGAACCCUCUCAGCAGCCGCGACAAAGAUCUCAAAUCCAUCAACAAACAAGGCUUCAUCUCUCGCCGUCCCUUCGCUUGCUCCUCCCUCACCAUCUCCUUCAGCAGCCUCUGAUCCAAAUACUCCUACUUCCAAGCGAAAACGAGAUGCAGGCCCCGAGGUGCCCUACUCUCAGCCGCAGCUCACAGGCUAUGGUGCUGGCGUCAAGACGCAAAUGACCUAUGCUGUCGAUUACCUAAAAAAGAAGGGCGACGCAAAGACCAUCACGGAUAUUAUCGACCAUCUGAGUUUGCGGAAUUUUGACGAUGAGCACAAGCGACAACUUGCUGAAGGUCUGCGAGGACACCCUCGUGUAGAGUGGAAGCCUGAUGCAAACCUGAGCGAACAGAACUGGAAGACUGGCACUUAUGUCCAUCGACCUAUCAUUCCCGGAGUCAAGGACUCAACCAGCCUUCUCGCUCAUCUUCAAGCCAAGACAGACGCCUCAGGUGUGUCAGUGAAGGAUCUCAAGGACGGCUGGCCCGACUGCGAAGACACAAUAUCAUCCCUCGAGCGUCAGCACAAAAUCUUGGUGGUGCGUACCAAAAAGGAUAACAUCCCGCGAUACGUUUGGCCCGACGAUCCCUCCCUGCAUCACAAGGUCCAGCCAGAGUUCCAGAGCAUGUGGCAGCGUGUGCAACUACCAGCCCUCGAGGAGAUGCACCGCAAGCUUACGAGCGUCGGUCAAAAGCCUACAAGCGAGGAUCCCCGCAAGGCGAAGGAUGGACUGGCCAACAAGCCCAAGGCUCAGAAACGUCGCAAGGGCAACAGGAUCGGCAAGGCUACCAACGUGCACAUGGCGCAUCUCAUGCAAGACUACAGUGGCAUGCGACGAUAG